ACUCACUUUGAGUUGCAAAGUAUGCUCUGAUCAUUACACAUAUUUUGUUCCUUUAAAUAUUUGCCCGCUUGUAUCAUGGUAGAAAACCGUUAAUAUCUAUAGAGGUUAUUCUUUUGUAAAUGUUACUUAGAGAAACCGUUUGGAUAUAACUAUGAUCCGUUAUCUCAUAUAAUCCAAAGAAGGCAAGCAGUCAACGAUGAGGUGCUUCAUUGUUAUGCUGGUCAUUGCUCUAUCAGAGAAUAUUGUACAGAGUAUUUCUCUAAUGAACAGCUCGGCUGCAUACGGAUUUCUUCAAGGUCGAUCAAUUUUUCAAGACGAUGAUUCAAAGGCAAAAUUUGAUGGCCUUAUUCUAACGCCGAGAGAUUAUAUGAAGCGGCGGAGACCAACGUUGCACGACGCCAGAAUUCACUUGCGUGCUCCUAAAGUGCCAAAGAUAUUCAACUGCAAGGAGGGACUGCCACCACCGACUAAGGUUCAGUUAUCUGUUCACGUUUCUGAAAUAAGCUUGGUAACGAAUGGCGCUGUGACAAUGUCUGCAUAUUUACGCUACUCCUGGGAAGACUACCGUCUCGCACCGCCGGAGCAAAAUAUGCGCGGAGAAUUCAUAGAAAUUGCUCCGACCGUAAAGGAUUCUUUGUGGCUUCCAGACUUGUACAUUCCCAAUGCAGCAAGCGUUAUAAGUCCCGUGAUAUUUGUGCCAUCAACAAGUUUCAGAAUGUACAGAAACUAUACACUGUUUGCGAAUCAGUACCUUCUUCUGAAGUUGUCAUGCCCAUUCAAUUAUGCCUUGUUCCCGAUGGAUGUGCAAAUUUGUGAUGUUGCCUUGCAAAGUUUUGGAAGAAACCCGUGCGAACUAAAUCUAACGUGGGCAGACAAUAAUCCAUUGUCUUACUCCACAUCGACACUAUCCCAGUUCUCUUACGAAAUUCACCGUGCCUCCGCGAGAGCGCACAGCAGAACCUUCCACUCGGGUAGCAAGAGUCCGCUGGAGCGCGCGCAGGUGCACAUGUACGUCAUCCUGAAGCGGCAGAUCAUGUUCUACAUGAUGCAGAUCUACAUCCCGUCCAUUCUGUUCGUGGUGGUGUCGUGGGUGUCGUUCCUGAUCCCGGCCGAGAUGGCUCAGGGCCGCAUGCUGCUCACCAUCACCACCAUGCUCACCAUGGUGUCGCUAUUCGCCGCCGGCAGCGAGUACGUCCCCAAGGCCAGCUACGUCAAGGCCAUCGACGUCUGGAUGUGCGUCUGCACCUUCCUCUCCUUCUUCGCCGUCGUCAACUGUCUGGUGGAUGUCCGCAUGGAGAGCAUGAUCAUGGGUAACAUGAGGAAGAGGGCGGCGCCCACGUUUGUCCUCACCGGCCAGGCGCGCCGGCAGACGGUAGUCGAGAUCUUCCGCAAGUACGCCAUCGGAGCCAAAGCCAGGGAGCCCGGGGACGGUGAGCCUCAGCACUCGGCUGAGGACGAGGAUGAUCUCAUGGGCAAGAUCCUGCGGUUCUGCCACAAGAUGCAACGAGGCGCGCUGUACGUUUACCCGAUCGUGUUUAUUUUGUUCAACAUUGUCUACUGGACGGUGUGUUUCUCGCACAUGGAAGGACCAACAGACUCGAUCCACAAAGACGCACUGGAUAGCGGGAUCAAGGGCACUGAGGUACCCAGGUAAUUGCGUCAUAAAUAAAGCGUUCCGAUCUGCCAACUGCCAACAGAUCCCAGAGUCAGAUCAGUCAGAUAGCUUGCGUUCAAAGCGUCCCUCAUAUCUGCCCAGAUGUGUCGUGGCGAAAUAUAUGUAGAAACCAA